UCAUUGUUGACCAUAUAUGGUCACAGCCACAGGGAGACGUCGCAGCUGGAGCUCUCGCCUUUGGCUUCCGGGUUUGAAUCGCUGGGCGGCCGGGAGCAGAGGCGGCUCCGUACACUUCACACAGGCUCCGUACACAGCACCAUGCCCUACGAGAUCAAACAUGUGUUUGCCAGCCUUCCUCAGAUGGAACGUGGCGUGGCCAAGGUUCUUGGAGGAGACCCCAAGGGCAACAACUUUGUGUACACGAAUGGGAAAUGUGUGAUCAUCAGGAAUAUUGAGAACCCGGCCAUUGCAGAUGUCUACACCGAGCAUGCUCACCAAGUUGUUGUUGCCAAAUACGCUCCCAGUGGAUUCUACAUUGCCUCUGGAGAUAUCACCGGUAAGCUAAGAAUAUGGGACACCACACAGAAGGAGCAUCUCCUGAAGUAUGAGUACCAGCCCUUUGCGGGGAAGAUUAAGGACAUGUCCUGGACCGAGGACAGCAAGAGAAUCGCAGUGGUUGGUGAAGGAAGAGAAAAGUUCGGCUCUGUGUUUCUUUGGGACACCGGCUCCUCGGUUGGGGAGAUCACAGGACACAGUAAAGUUAUUAACAGCGUGGACAUAAAGCAGACCCGUCCCUAUCGCCUGGUGACCGGCAGCGAUGACAACUGCACGGCUUUCUUCGAGGGACCACCCUUCAAGUUCAAGUUUACAAUUAGUGACCAUGGCCGUUUUGUCAACUGUGUGCGGUUUUCACCGGAUGGUAACAGAUUUGCAACUGCCAGUGCAGACGGCCAGAUUUUUUUGUAUGAUGGAAAAACGGCUGAGAAAAUCUGCUCUCUUGGAGAGGGUAAAGCUCAUGAUGGAGGAAUUUAUGCAAUUAGCUGGAGUGCUGACAGCACCCAACUCCUUUCUGCAUCUGGGGACAAAACUGCUAAAAUCUGGGAUGUAGCGGCUAACUCAGCAGUCACCACGUUCAGGCUCGGGACAGAUACGCUCGAUCAGCAGUUGGGAUGCUUGUGGCAGAAGAAUUACUUGCUGAGCGUCUCUCUGUCUGGCUACAUCAAUUAUUUGGACAAGAAUAACCCAGACAGGCCCAUUCGUGUGAUUAAGGGACACAACAAGUCAAUCCAGUGCAUGACCAUCCACAAGAAUGAUGGGCGAUCCACAAUUUAUACAGGCAGCCACGAUGGACAUAUCAAUUAUUUUGAUGCCGAGACAGGUGAGAACGAUGUCUUCUCCGGCAAAGGCCACACUAAUCAGGUGUCCAGUAUGGCUGUGGACAGCUCAAACAAUCUGGUCACCUGCAGCAUGGACGAUACAGUGCGUUACACUAAUGUCAUAGAAAAUGCCUACAGCCCUCAGAAUUGCAUUAAACUGGAUGUUCAACCGAAAUGCAUUGCUGUUGGCACCGGAGGGUAUGCUGUCACCGUGUGCAUUGGCCAGAUUGUGCUGCUAAGGGACAAGAAGAAAGUUUCUGUCAUUGAUUCUCUGGACUACGAGCCAGAAGCUGUUGCCAUUCACCCAGGCUCUGGAGACGUUGCUGUGGGUGGUGCAGAUGGGAACAUCCAUCUAUAUUCCUUUCAAGGAAACACUCUGAAGGACGAAGGGAAGUCUUUGCUAGUUAAGGCUGCUAUCACCAGCCUCGCCUAUUCCCAUGAUGGUGCCUUUCUUGCUGCGACUGAUGUGAACAAAGUGGUGACCGUCUUUACUGUGGCUGAUGGAUAUGCAGAGAAGGACCGUUUUUAUGGACACCAUGCAAAAGUAGUCUGUGUGGCCUGGUCACCUGACAAUGAACACUUUGCCACUGGGGGCAUGGAUAUGAUGGUCUUUGUAUGGACCGUGAGUGAUUCAGAUGUGCGUUUAAAAAUGCCAGAUACCCAUCGACUACACCACGUGAGUGGUUUGGCUUGGCUGGACGAGCAUACAUUGGCCACCGUGUCCCACGAUGCUUGUGUCAAACAAUGGACAGUCUCCUACAAAUGAGCGCUGAGCAUAUACUGGCACAACAUAGCUAGGACUACUGCAAUUGGAAAAUCUAUUAAAGAAAAAAAAGAGAGAAAAAGAAAAAAGAUAUAUAUAUUUCUGUUCUAUGCUCCAUGGUUAUGUGGCCACAUUCUCAUUCUCCAGACAUAGGUGGUGUCUAUCUUUAACACAUGUACUUUAAAAAACACAAAAAAAGCUUUAGUCAUUGGCUGCUUGCAGGUAAAUAGCUCUUACAUGUGAGAUCUUGUAAUCGACAUUCCAGAGGCAACAGGCCGAUACUGUAGCACUCACAGGAAGGUUGCAGAAGAGUUUCUAGUGGAGAGAGCCUGUAUGUGUGUGUGCUGUGUUCAGCAUGAGAGAAUGCAGACUUCCCUCUAUUCUUUCCUUUUACAGAACAUUUCUGUAUCUGCUGCCAUGGUGACAAUAGUUGUGACCUAUUUUUAAAAUCCUGGUGUGCAUCUACUGUGUUUUGUUGCUCUGCUUGUCCAUGAAACUGUUGCCUCAAAAAAAUGAGUACCCUUCUGAGGAUAAAUGGGUACAUCAGAAAAAAAAUUAAACUUUUUUAUGUAUAGUUUC